GGGGCGGGCGGGUUCGGAGGUGCGCUUAUGGGGUCGGAAUGGGGGCUCCGGAUGUGGGGGUCGGUUCGAGCUGGUGAGCUUAAGUGCGGCGAGAGGCCGUAGCGAGGCGUUACUGGACCCGCGUUUACUUAAACAUGGCGCGCACUAUACUUGUCCAUAAUUAACCAUUAGCUUACCAAGUCUGGAAGCUAUUGCGCUUUGUUUCGCUGCCUUGCUCGCUGCGUAGUUGCCACAAACGGGCUUGGGGUCGAGGAGGUGCGAAAUCCCGAACUCGCACAGACUUCUGCAGCGGAGUGAAGGGAGGCGCAGCUUCGCAGUUAGGGCUGCGCUUGGCCUCCCCGCGGCCUCACGACAUACAGAAGGUCAAAGUGAACGCGACGGAGCACAGCGGCCGGGCUCAGGAGCGUCCUACGAGGAGUCGGCAUCAGCGGCAUUUCGAAUCUGCCCUCUCCGCGCUCGCACCUGGAGCGUCGCCGUAACCCGCUGCUGAGCGCGCUGGGUUUAGCUAUAUCAUAGGUGUAUUGGGCUCUCAGGCACCUGCGAAAAUCGUGCCGGUGAGAAGCUUCGGCUUGCACAGGCACGGCGUGCCUCCUGAACCCAGCUUGGUCCCGCGCCCACCACCUCCCUUUCCCCUCGCACCCCGCAUCCGCCCCUCCCCACACUGCUGCCAUCCGUCGAUUCCAUCAUGUGUUGUGGCAAUCAUCACCUCCUCAAAAACCGCUUCAUUUGCCCCUCAUCCUCGCCACGCACUGUCAACCUGGCCGCCUCAAUGGUCGUCCUCUUCAGUGCAGCCCUGCAGUACAACUCGCUGCUGGCCGCCAGUGGCCAGGAGGAUGCGUUGCCUCCACGCGCUCCUUCAGGGCACGGCCUGCAGCUGCAGAUUAGUGCGCGCUAAGCUCACUAGUCUUCUUGUUCUUGAUUGUAGCCUGGGCUUGCAGCGCACAGUUGCGAGCCAUUAGACAGCAGACACGGCGGCGCUCAGACUCCCGCACCGCCACGGCCUCGGGGAGGCUUGGGGUUGCCCUUGGGUUUCGUGCCGGUGCUGGGCGUGCUGGGGUUGGGCUCCAUGGAUCCGGCCUGCACGUGUCGAACCCGAGUUCAAAUCCCGUCAGGCUGUCGUCCCCUUCACUCCGCUGCAGAAGUCUGUGCGAGUUCGGCCGAGACCCUCAUCGGCGCCCCUGCCCAGCCGCACGUUUCGCCCCCAAACUUGAUGUCAACCUCUCCAAUUUGAGCCCCGCUUUCCACAGCGCCAAGCCCUAAUAUCAGGCGAGGCCUGGCGAGGUUUUGCCCGCACCCCCGUCCGCUUAGGAGUACGGCAGAGCCCCGGAAUCUAUGUCCUUGCGCGUCCGCUUGGCAUGCAGGUCUGUACCCUGUGAAGCUUAGGUGACCUGGUGACUAGCUGGGCUUGGUUGGACGGCCAAAGCCCCUUGUCUCGCGUUGUGCCCCCACAUGCGAACACACCUUGGAGUGUCCUAGCGCCCGGGCUCUUGCUAUGGUGAAAGCGCUACGUUUGAUUUCUGUUGGAUGCGGGUGGCGUGGGCAGGGUGCGUGUGUGGGGGCAACAUGCGACAAUGGACAAGGCGAAGUUCGGUCAAGGGCUUUUGGAUGGCCCUGCGCCUUCUGGGCCAUAUGCAUAUAUGCAUAUAGAUUGUGGAAAGUGGGGCGGGCGGGUUCGGAGGUCUGUACCCUGUGAAGCUUAGGUGACCUGGUGACUAGCUGGGCUUGGUUGGACGGCCAAAGCCCCUUGUCUCGCGUUGUGCCCCCACAUGCGAACACACCUUGGAGUGUCCUAGCGCCCGGGCUCUUGCUAUGGUGAAAGCGCUACGUUUGAUUUCUGUUGGAUGCGGGUGGCGUGGGCAGGGUGCGUGUGUGGGGGCAACAUGCGACAAUGGACAAGGCGAAGUUCGGUCAAGGGCUUUUGGAUGGCCCUGCGCCUUCUGGGCCAUAUGCAUAUAUGCAUAUAGAUUGUGGAAAGUGGGGCGGGCGGGUUCGGAGGUGCGCUUAUGGGGUCGGAAUGGGGGCUCCGGAUGUGGGGGUCGGUUCGAGCUGGUGAGCUUAAGUGCGGCGAGAGGCCGUAGCGAGGCGUUACUGGACCCGCGUUUACUUAAACAUGGCGCGCACUAUACUUGUCCAUAAUUAACCAUUAGCUUACCAAGUCUGGAAGCUAUUGCGCUUUGUUUCGCUGCCUUGCUCGCUGCGUAGUUGCCACAAACGGGCUUGGGGUCGAGGAGGUCUGUACCCUGUGAAGCUUAGGUGACCUGGUGACUAGCUGGGCUUGGUUGGACGGCCAAAGCCCCUUGUCUCGCGUUGUGCCCCCACAUGCGAACACACCUUGGAGUGUCCUAGCGCCCGGGCUCUUGCUAUGGUGAAAGCGCUACGUUUGAUUUCUGUUGGAUGCGGGUGGCGUGGGCAGGGUGCGUGUGUGGGGGCAACAUGCGACAAUGGACAAGGCGAAGUUCGGUCAAGGGCUUUUGGAUGGCCCUGCGCCUUCUGGGCCAUAUGCAUAUAUGCAUAUAGAUUGUGGAAAGUGGGGCGGGCGGGUUCGGAGGUGCGCUUAUGGGGUCGGAAUGGGGGCUCCGGAUGUGGGGGUCGGUUCGAGCUGGUGAGCUUAAGUGCGGCGAGAGGCCGUAGCGAGGCGUUACUGGACCCGCGUUUACUUAAACAUGGCGCGCACUAUACUUGUCCAUAAUUAACCAUUAGCUUACCAAGUCUGGAAGCUAUUGCGCUUUGUUUCGCUGCCUUGCUCGCUGCGUAGUUGCCACAAACGGGCUUGGGGUCGAGGAGGUCUGUACCCUGUGAAGCUUAGGUGACCUGGUGACUAGCUGGGCUUGGUUGGACGGCCAAAGCCCCUUGUCUCGCGUUGUGCCCCCACAUGCGAACACACCUUGGAGUGUCCUAGCGCCCGGGCUCUUGCUAUGGUGAAAGCGCUACGUUUGAUUUCUGUUGGAUGCGGGUGGCGUGGGCAGGGUGCGUGUGUGGGGGCAACAUGCGACAAUGGACAAGGCGAAGUUCGGUCAAGGGCUUUUGGAUGGCCCUGCGCCUUCUGGGCCAUAUGCAUAUAUGCAUAUAGAUUGUGGAAAGUGGGGCGGGCGGGUUCGGAGGUGCGCUUAUGGGGUCGGAAUGGGGGCUCCGGAUGUGGGGGUCGGUUCGAGCUGGUGAGCUUAAGUGCGGCGAGAGGCCGUAGCGAGGCGUUACUGGACCCGCGUUUACUUAAACAUGGCGCGCACUAUACUUGUCCAUAAUUAACCAUUAGCUUACCAAGUCUGGAAGCUAUUGCGCUUUGUUUCGCUGCCUUGCUCGCUGCGUAGUUGCCACAAACGGGCUUGGGGUCGAGGAGGUCUGUACCCUGUGAAGCUUAGGUGACCUGGUGACUAGCUGGGCUUGGUUGGACGGCCAAAGCCCCUUGUCUCGCGUUGUGCCCCCACAUGCGAACACACCUUGGAGUGUCCUAGCGCCCGGGCUCUUGCUAUGGUGAAAGCGCUACGUUUGAUUUCUGUUGGAUGCGGGUGGCGUGGGCAGGGUGCGUGUGUGGGGGCAACAUGCGACAAUGGACAAGGCGAAGUUCGGUCAAGGGCUUUUGGAUGGCCCUGCGCCUUCUGGGCCAUAUGCAUAUAUGCAUAUAGAUUGUGGAAAGUGGGGCGGGCGGGUUCGGAGGUGCGCUUAUGGGGUCGGAAUGGGGGCUCCGGAUGUGGGGGUCGGUUCGAGCUGGUGAGCUUAAGUGCGGCGAGAGGCCGUAGCGAGGCGUUACUGGACCCGCGUUUACU